AUGAAUCCACCAACCUUACCUACCGAAGAAGUUAUUCCGUUGAUAGUAAGUCAAUUAUGUGAAUAUGGAUAUUCUCAAUUGGCUCAAGUAGUUGCAGAACAAACGGAUACUCCAGAUCCUGAUUCUGAUGAAAGUAGUAGUCCAGGAGAAGAUGGGGUUUAUCAUUCAAAAUAUUUGACUCAUGUUGAUCCAGAAACUAGAAAUGUUCCUAAACCUGCCCCUAAUUAUUCUACGUGGUAUAUGACUACUCAUCGAGCUGCCUCAACUUGUGCAAUAUUUAGUGGUGAUGGAAAGUAUGCAGCCACCGGAUCAGCUGAUGCUUCUUUAAAAGUUCUUGAUACAAGUAAAAUGAAUAGUCGUUCAGAUGAAGAUAGACCUGUUAUACGGACUUUAUAUGAUCAUUUAGCAGGAGUAAACGAUUUAUCAUUUCAUCCAAAUGGUCUCGUUCUUGCUUCAUGUUCAGAUGAUCAAAGUAUCAAAUUAUUUGAUUUGUCAAAACCCGGAGUUAAGAGAUCAUUUAGAUAUUUGCAAGAUACGCACAUCGUAAGAUCUAUAGCAUUUCAUCCAUCAGGAGAUUAUAUAUUAGCAGGAACUGAUCAUGAAUCUGUGAGAGCCUAUGAUGUAAAAAAUUUUCAAUGUUUUACAGCUUCCACUGUACCAGGUGAUCAACACAAAGGCGGAAUAACAAAAGUUCGAUAUUCUACUAAUGGAUCUCAAUUUGUUACUUCAUCAAUGGAUGGUAGCAUAAAAAUUUGGGAUGCAAUGAAUGGUCGAUGUACAACGACUAUCGAAAAUGCUCAUGAUGGUGCUCUUGUUUCCAGUGUAAAGUUUUCAAAAACUGGAAAGUAUGUUCUUUCUGGUGGAAGAGAUUCUAUAGCUAGAUUAUGGGAAUCCAUUAGUGGAAGAAUGGUUUUACAAUAUGAAGGUGCUACGCAUAAGGAUAAUACACUACAAACAACUUUUACUUAUAAUGAAGAUUAUGUUCUUAGUAGCGAUGAAGUACACAAUACCGUUGUAUGCUGGGAUUCACGUACCGGGAAAUGUCUUAAACGUUGGGGUGGACAUGCCAGUACUAUUAGAUGUAUUGCUGCAUCACCAACAGAACCUGGAUUUAUUAUCAGAGACCUGCUUACCCAAGCAUCUCAUUUUAAUGAAGAUGAUUUAAACGCACUGAAUGUAAGAUUUAUAUCAGCCAAAGAAUUUCAAGAACAUGAUUUUUCAGAUGAUAAAGUCCGAACUUUCUUUUACAAACUGCAUAACGUUACAAGAAGCCCACCAGGAAUACCUGAAUCUAGGAUUCACGAAAUUCAUCUACCAAGUGAAUUGUGUAUCUUAUGUGAGCCUUAUGUUUCAGCAACUCCCAAAUUUACUUUUUUGACAGAAUAUGGAGAAAUGCAAAUUGCUGCCAAAAUAUUUGCUUGCGGAAAUGAAAAUGCACGUAUGACUGUUUCUGAUCAGGUUUUAUUUGCCACUCGUUUUAUCUCUACCUAUACUACAUUUUACAAGGCUGAGAUUUCAGCAGAAUAUUGGAAGAGCUUGCUAAAGGUUUACCCAGAAAAAAUUCAAUUGAAAUUAAAAGAUGUGUCGGAUUGGGAUAUUAUUGAAUUCCUCAAUGAAUGUGACCUAGAACCUUAUAUGCAAAAAAUUGAGUGUUACCUCAAGUCUCUUGAGUUGAUCGUUGAUACAGAGAGUGGUCAAAGGCGCGAAAAAGCUUUGGAACUUCUUAAACUUUAUAAAUUGGCAAGUAUUCGUGAAAUUGGUGAUGUCAAAAUGUUACGAAAAAUUCUUUCUGAAUUGUUUUUACCAGAUGAAGGUGAUUUCGAUCUUGAUUUUUAUCAAUUACGAUUACCAAGGAAUCAAUCUGAGCACCGAUUUAGUGCGUGGCGAGGGUUAUGCAAGGAACGGUUAGAAUUUGGUGCAGGGCGUCAUCAUAGCCGAUCAUAUGUUAUUCGUAUCCAACGUAGAAAAGUACGUGAAGUUGCUGGUCGUCUAACAAAAUCUAAACCGCUUGCUUUGGUUCUAAAGGAGAUACUAUAUGUAAAAUCUAUCAUUAUUCAACCACUGGAUGUCAUAAACGAGAAGAAUGAUGUCGAUAUUGAAAAUUUUCUUUAUGAUUCUGAUGAACAAGAUAAAUAUUAUAUGCCUCCCACCAUCAAUAUAUCUAAGACAAUUGUGACUCCGAGGUGGUAUAAAUUAUACAGUUUUAAUGAAACAGUAGAUAGUGUUAGUGCAUAUUAA